GGCCCACUCGGGUCGCUCCUCUUGUUGCUCGUCCGUGUGCUCUCUGCUAUAGACACUUUGCUACCUCAGACUCUGGAGAGUCAGCAAAGAAAGAACGGACUCAACCACAGGCAGGCCCUUCAAAUGAUUCCAAGGGCAACUUAGAGCAAGAAGCCGAACAUGACACGCAAUCGACGUCUUCGGGUUCUUCAGCGCCAGCCCCGAUAGAUAUUACCCAAGUCAGAGAACGCGUGCGGAGAUGGAGUAUUCGGAACGCGUCGAACUUGCGAGAGCGAAUGGAUAACUUCUCGUCUGCGGCGCAGAAGACGUUUCAGCAGCUUGGUGGACGGAUGAAUGAGAUUACCGGGUAUCAUGAGAUCGAGACGCUGAAGAGGCUUGUUACGGAGAACGAGCGCAAGAUGCACGAAAUCCGCGAAGAAGCCAAAGCUUCCAAAGCAGCAUACGAAGAAGCCGUCGCGCGUCGUUCAAACUCGCAACGCGAGACGAACGAGCUCCUACAAAGGAAAUCGACGUGGACAGAGGCAGACGUGAUGCGAUUCACGCAACUCGUACGAGCGGAUCACUUACAUUCACAAGACGAAGCGCGAGCAAAAGCUCGCGUAGCUGAGGCAGACGCAGUCACGGAACGACAAUUCGCGGAGUUGAUGAGAUCGAUUUUGUCGAGGUAUCAUGAAGAACAGGUGUGGUCGGAUAAGAUUAGGAGUGCGAGUACGUAUGGAUCGCUCGCUGCGCUUGGACUUAACCUUUUGGUGUUUAUUUUGGCGAUUGUGCUUGUUGAGCCGUGGAAGCGGAAGAGGCUUGUGCAGAGUUUUGAGAGGAGGGUUAUCGAGUUGAACGAGGCGAAUCAGAGGGUUGUGGAGGAGGGAUUGAAGGAGUUGAGGGUGCAUCAGGAGAAGCAAGAGGAUGUGUUGGCGGAGAUAAGGGCUGCGCAGGCUUUGGUGAGGGAAAGUGGGGAGCGUGUGCCGACACUGCGUGAUGAGGGGGAAGGAGUAGAUGCUACGGUGACUGAGUCUGUGCCGGGAAUAGAGGUUGAACGAGGAGCGAAGAGUUCUAGGGAUAGACAGAUCAUGGCGUUGUCUGCGGCUAGUGCUAUCGGUGCAGGCAUAGUCGGCUUCAUGCUUGGAUCCUGGUUCAGCUAAUGAACUGGAUCUCAACCUCAACAACUACAUUUACUUAGAAUAACUCAACGAAAUAUAGACUCGC